ACCAGACAGCCUAAUUCCCGGGUUUGAACCACUUGCUAGCAAAGCUCCAAUGGCGUCCCAAAUUGAGAGCCACCGCUCCGGCGCAGAGGUUGUCACCGGAGACGCCAUCUGCAGGAAGAAGUCCGUCGAGCUACUGGAAGAGCUCGGCCUCCCUAAGGGCCUCCUGCCAAUGGAGGACAUCCAGGAGUUUGGGUACAACCGUGCCACGGGGUUCAUUUGGCUGGUGCAGGGGAAGAAGAAGGUUGAGCACACCUUCAAGAAGAUCAAGCAGACCGUGUCCUACGCCACUGAGGUAACGGCAUUUGCUGAGAAGGGCAAGCUGCGGAAGAUCACUGGUGUCAAAACCAAGGAGCUGAUGCUCUGGCUCAGCGUUGUUGAUGUCUAUGUUCCUGAGGCCUCGCCUGAGAAGGUCACCUUCAAGACCGGCACUGGCCUCUCUGAUAGCUUUGACGCCACAGCCUUUGCGCUUGGGGAGUAAAUAUGGAGUCAGUUGGAUCAACCAGAAAUUAUGCAAUAUUUGUCUUUCUUCCUUUUGUGUUGCAAAGACGCAUGUAUAAGUAUGUUCCUACUGUUGCCCGUGUGAGUUUGUAUCUUGAAGUUUUCUUGCAAAAUGA